AUGAUUCAGCUAACCAAUUGCCCCAAGGGAUGGACACGAUACGAGCGUUCAAAAUCAUGUUUUCUUGUUCUUCCUCAAAGAUUGCGUUGGGCAGAAGCAGAACGAGCUUGCGGUAAAUCUGGAGGACGAUUAGCAUCGAUCACAGACGAAUACGAAAAUGCGUUUGUCUUUAGUGGGUUCUUCCCCAUAAAUCUGCUGAAUUUGAUAGUUCUAUUUCGUGCACGUAUGUUUCCAGAUUUGGCGAAGAAAGCAAACCUUAGCACUCCAACGAUUUGGCUUGGUCGUUUGGUACGCCUGGCGCGGACAGGCGCUUACGAGUGGCACGACGGGGCUAUAGGACGCCAGGCAGAGGGCUUCAGAGGUGGUCAGCGGAGGAGCCGUAACAAUUUAGAACCACCAUCUGGAACAGAGUUGUGUCUCACAAUGUGGUUGGACUUCGACCGUUCAGAGGGAUCUUGGAACGAAUGGGACUGUGGAUACGCAAGCGGCUACUCGGCAAUGUGCAAGAAGAGUCUCAAAAAGCCCGCAUUUUUCGUUUCUAGUCCUCCUACAACUGAACCUUCUGGGACUCAUAUUUCACAGCGUUGUUGCGUUCAAACUGGUUGUGGACAACGUUGUUUAGCCAACGAAAGAACUGCUGGUGGCGAACCUGCUCAGAUAACGGAAUGGGUUGGUGUUUGCCGUUGCCGUAAUCUUUUUGAACGAGUCUAA